CGGCGGCGGCGGCCGCGUCACUGGCGGGCGGGAUCCCUCCGCUCUGGGGAGAGCUGCGCUGGACGGUUGAGUUGGGGUGACUGAGGAAAUCCAUCCGCGUCGCCGCCGCUGCCGCCUCCGCCGCGGAGGAAGACAGGACCUCCCGCGCUCCUGCAAGCGACCCCUUGGCAGAGUCCCACCACCUCAGGCCUCGGGCCAGCGGCCAGGAGCUGCCUCCCCCAGCCCCCGUCCCGCGGCCCCCAGCCGCCCCCAACCCCGCCCCACGGGCCCGGCGCCAUGAGUGAGCUGGAGCAACUGAGACAGGAGGCCGAGCAGCUCCGGAACCAGAUCCGGGACGCCAGAAAAGCAUGCGGGGAUUCCACACUGACCCAGAUCACAGCUGGGCUGGACCCAGUGGGGAGAAUUCAGAUGAGAACACGGAGGACCCUCCGUGGACACCUGGCAAAAAUCUAUGCCAUGCACUGGGGGACAGACUCAAGGCUGCUGGUCAGCGCCUCCCAGGACGGAAAGCUCAUCAUUUGGGACAGCUACACCACCAACAAGGUCCAUGCUAUCCCUCUGCGCUCCUCCUGGGUCAUGACCUGUGCCUAUGCCCCCUCAGGGAACUUUGUAGCCUGUGGGGGUUUGGACAACAUCUGCUCCAUCUAUAGCCUCAAGACCCGAGAGGGCAAUGUCAGGGUCAGCAGAGAGCUGCCUGGCCACACUGGGUACCUUUCAUGCUGCCGCUUCCUGGAUGACAACCAAAUCAUCACCAGCUCUGGGGAUACCACCUGUGCCCUGUGGGACAUUGAGACAGGCCAGCAGACGGUGGGUUUUGCUGGACACAGUGGGGAUGUGAUGUCCCUGUCACUGGCCCCCGAUGGCCGCACCUUUGUGUCAGGUGCCUGUGACGCCUCCAUCAAGCUGUGGGAUGUUCGGGAUUCCAUGUGCCGACAGACAUUCAUAGGUCACGAAUCUGACAUCAAUGCCGUGGCUUUCUUCCCCAAUGGCUAUGCCUUCACCACGGGAUCAGAUGACGCCACAUGUCGCCUGUUUGACCUGCGGGCUGAUCAGGAGCUGCUCAUGUAUUCCCAUGACAACAUCAUCUGCGGCAUCACCUCGGUUGCCUUCUCACGCAGCGGCCGGCUGCUGCUCGCGGGCUAUGAUGACUUCAACUGCAACAUCUGGGAUGCCAUGAAGGGUGACCGUGCAGGUGUCCUUGCUGGCCACGAUAACCGUGUGAGCUGCCUUGGGGUCACAGAUGAUGGAAUGGCCGUGGCCACAGGCUCCUGGGACUCCUUCCUCAAGAUCUGGAACUAACCACCCCCAACCCCAGAUGGGCCAAGGCAGGGAGCAGCAUCCCUGCCCAUGCCCACACUACAGGCCUGGAGCUUUGGGGCUGGGUACACAUGCCAAGCCUCCCUCCCUGGGCUACAGGGCCUUGGGUCCUGCUCCUAUACCCAGGUUUGGUUCCUCCCGGGGCGGGGGGCCCCCACUGUAGAGAUAAAAGUCGGGAUGGAAUAGGGGAAGCAGAAGGGCAGGAAAGCCCUCACCCUUUGCUGCCCUGGGGCUGGGGCCUCACCCCUCUGGAGGGCCAGAGGCAGGAGGUGGAAACUCCAGGGGCUGGCUUUUUUAAACUGGUUUUAUUUUAAUUUUUAUUAUAUUUUCAGUUUUUCCAUAAAGGAACCACUUCCAACUC